AUGAACGAAUUUUAGGCUUUUAUAAUUAGUUUGGGAGAGAGGUUAAAUACUCCCAUACCAGAUGAGUAUCGAAAAUAAUUUAAGCUAAGAGGGGAGUUCACUUAUCCAUCUAAUAAAAAGUUUGAUCAAAUCUGUAAGAGGUUUAGAAUAUAGCUUAUCUGUAGUUUUUUAGAAGAUGAAAAAUUAAGAUGCAAAAGAAAGUGGGACAACUCAUUUAAAUUGUUUAUGGUUUGGUUUCUGGUUAAAUACUUUGAGAAAAAAAACCUACUUAUUAUUCAUCCGGAUGAGAAUGACUGGGUAAAUUUUGAAAACAUCCUUAAAAUUGACAAGCAUUCAUUGAAGCAACGAUGGAUCACCCUCAUAAAUCCAUAAAUGAAAUCAAUUAAUUGGCUUUAAGAGGAGGACGAAUUCAUUACAGCCCAAAUGAAGUACUCUAAUCCAUCUAAACUUAGUUAAAAGCAUAAACAUAUAUGGACUUAGAUAGCAGUUUCAUUGUAUGAAAGAAAUCUUCAAGGAAACAUUCGUACUCCUAAAUAAAUUAGAGAGAGAUGGAUGAACUAUCUUAAUCCAGAAUUGAAUAAAGAUCAAUGGAUGCUUAAAGAGGAUUUGAUUAUCCUCAAUAACGUUGUCAAAAAUGGAAAGAAAUGGUCCUAAAUUUCACAAUAGUUAAAUGGAAGAACAGAAAACUAAGUAAAAAACCGUUACAAAUCUUUAAUUCAUAAAAUCUGCAAAGAUGAUGAAUGCGAUGAAAUUGAUAUGGUUAAGCAAUAUAUAAGGAAAAAUUAAGCUCAUGUCGAUUCCAAUAAAUAAGGAAUUAUAGGAAAAAGAGGCAGGCAUAAAAAAGGAUUAAGAAAUAAAGAGUAAAGUGUGGAAUAAAGAAAGUAAAGAAAUUUUCCAAAGAUAAUUAAACAGGAAGAAUAAAUAUCACACUAAUCAUUUGUAUAACAAGUUUAACCAAUUAUUUAAUAAACACAAUAAUAAUAAUAAUAAUAAACACAAUAAUAAUAAUAAUAAUAACAAUAAGCCUAGUAAUAAUAAUUUUAACAAUAAUAACAGCAGACUUAAUAAUAAUAAUUAUAAUAAUUAUAAUUUCAUCAAUAAAUGCAAUUGCAAUAAUUACAACAAUAAAUGAAUUUUAACAAUGAAGAGAUGAAGAUAGCCUUAAAUUUACAAUCAAAUUUUCUUUAAGAAGAUAUAAAAAAUACAACACCUUUGAUGAUGCUAUAAUGUUUAACUUCUCCUGGAUAUCAAUUUCUUGAGAAUCAAUUCUUAAAACAAUUAUCCCCAGGUAUAGUUGAGGAAGGAGAAUGUCAUCAAAACUCUUCCUUGCAAUUACCAAAAUUAAAUAAUAUGUAUAAAAUGAGUUCUACAUCGCCUUUUUUAUUACCUUCAAUGUUACAAUCUCCAUUUUGGAAUAACGAACAGUUUAUUUAGUAGAAUGAUGAAUAAAUGCCUCCUCCUCAACCAUCUUAGACGUUUUCCUAGUAGAUAUCUACUACACCUUUUUUAAAUUUAGGUUAUUUAAGAUAACCUUAACACAAUGGAUUUACAAGCAAGAAAGAGUUAGAUUUAUUAUAAGAGAAUCCAAUAUAAUAAUUUAACAAAAGAAGAAAUUUUAAUUAGUAGUGA